ACGGGCAAUCGAUUAAUUAAAAUGCAAUUACCACUUAUCCCUUUUCACGGCCGAAAUUCCGGAGUACGCGAUACCGCGCGACGCGGAAACUCCCCCACUCCCGCGCAUCCUAGCUCAAUGCAACAUAGAAUUAAGAUCAACUAUAUAAGAUGCAAUCCGCGAAGACACGGGCAGUCGGCCGCGAAACACGUAACCGCCUAUCUGUGUUCGAAUAUAAAAAGUACAAAUCUCAACAUGACCUCUACAAUUAGGAAGAUGUGGCUCUGCUGUCUGGUGGCAUCAUCCAUGGUUGCCAUGGUAACAGCGGCGAACGAAUACCUACCCCCAAGCAAGGGGUACAACUAUGAGCCACCGAAAGUACCCUUCCCAACGAAUAACAACGGAGUUUCAUACCCGACUCCUUCUCCCGGGCGACCGACCCCUAGCAGACCGUACGUGCCUCCCGGACCGACCCCUGGUCCGAGACCGACUCCGGGCCCGACCUACGUGCCCCCCGGUCCUACGCCCGGUUCGAGGCCACCGCCCUCCGGCCCGACCUACGUACCCCCCGGUCCAACACCAAUCAACCCGCAUGAUCACGAUCACAGUCAUGAUCACGACCACAGCCAUGAUCACCACCACGAGCCCGGCAUGCCCUUCGACUUUGCCUACACCGUCAACGAGGACGGCAAUGACUAUAGUCACAACGCUAUUUCUGAUGGUGACGUCACCAGGGGCGAAUACAGAGUAGCUCUGCCUGAUGGUCGCACCCAGAUCGUCAAGUACACCGCUGACUGGAGGAAUGGAUUCAACGCUGAGGUAACGUACGAAGGUGAAGCCCGAUACCCUGACCAGCCCGCCGGCUACCCCGGUCCCAGCAGUGGGCCCGGCCAGAGAUACGCCCCCCCGAGUCAAGGCGGUGGUUACCAGUACUAAAAUAACACCCGAGACUUGAUUCUGAUGAUCGAUGUGCGAUUGUGAUUUUACGUUGAUCCAUAUUCGUGUUGUGAUGUCUCAUCAUAGACAUUUUUUUCUGUCCAAAUUGAUUUUUAUUCUGUACUCAUCCGGGAGCAAUCUCUUGAUUUAUAUUCGUCUCUUGAGUACUCCUAACUUUACUCAUUCAGACUUUACAGAUAAAUGCAAAGAUUUUUAUGAUAUACGUCAUGCAUAUCUCCUAUUGGAGUACGUAGAAAAAAAAGGAAGUCAAAUGCCCCCAAAAGCAUUUUAAUAUGAAAAAAAAAAAACAUAUUAGUAGAAAGUUUCAGCUGUGAUCAGAUAACUGUAAUUAUAAACAAUAUAAUUUUGAGUUAAGUACUGUAAGGUGACUUGAUGUAAUCGAUUUGGAAUCGAAUCAAAAACCAAAUCAGAAUUUAUUAGCUAUUAUGUCGGUACCAGAACAUUUAGGUAGUAUUCUUAAUGUUUAUUACCUUUGAAGUUAAAAACACUGUACACGGAUCAUAAUAAGAUUUACUUUGUAUAAUCCGCUGAUUUAAAUCAACCAGUACGUUAAUACUAUGUUCUCAACCUGAGAAGCCUAUUAAACUCGGCGGGUUAUUCAAAACAAGAUCUAUUAUGAUCGUGUAAGGUGGGCUUACGAUGCGAUUUCGAUUUAAUCGCGUGUACUCAUCUUGCAAUAUAGAAUGAAUUAACAAUAUACGUAAUAAGACGAGAUAUCAUAGUAUGAAUAUGGAACAUUUACGUGAUUUUAUAUAAGCUUGUAUUUUAAGACAUGUUAAGGCCAAUUCCCUUAUUGUUGGCAACAUUAUCAUUACGGUACAAUAUUUGUUUGCCAAUUGGUAGAUUCUUUACCGUACCAUUCGCCUAUAAAUCCGCCAACAAUAUUAUGUAGAUGAAAAUAUUGAAGUAUUCUAGCUAUAAGAACAAGUUACCGAAACAUUUACCAUUUUGCGUGAUACUUAAACUAUAUUAGCUCAUAAUGAGCCGAAAUUAAUUCUUUGUAAAUGUUACAGAUAAAUUGUAUAAUGUAAACUAGAUACCUACUCAGUUAUAUCAAAUGGGUAAACCAAAAAUUACAAUAUUACAGGCUGUAACGAAAGGGAUGCAAUCGCAGAAUCUGAACCAUAAAAUUGAUUACUAUUAAGUGAAAAGAAACUAUGUAGUUAUGGCUGUAUGGUUUUUUGCCAUAAUCGUGGAAUGAAAAAAUACUAAUAACCGUUUCGUUACACCUCUAAAAAAUGCUGGUGCACUAAAACAGCAAUGUAGGGGCCCAUAACCUUUCAAUGUUAAACUGCUGUACUUACAGAUAACAAAUUAAGGGGAGGAAAUAUGUGUAUGAAAAUCAAAUGAAAUAUAAAUAAUAUUCUUGUAAAG